UGCGGCCACUGCAAGAAGCUCGCGCCGGAGUGGACCAAGGCGGCGAAGGCGCUGAAGAAGGAGGUGGGGGACAAGGCCAAGCUCGGCGCGGUCGACUGCGACGACGCGACGAACAAGGCGCUGUGCGCGAAAUUCAACGUCAACGGCUUCCCCACGCUGAAAGGGUUCGCCUCGCGAGGCAAGGAGAGCCACGAUUUCGACGGCGCGCGCGACGCCGACGGCAUCGUCCAGUUCGUCAAGACCAAACUC